GAAUCAGAAGAACUCUCCUCUGAUGAAGAGAUGAAAAUGGCAGAAGUGCGACCACCACUGAUAGAAACCUCCAUAAAUCAACCAAAAGUGGUAGCUCUUAGCAAUAACAAAAAAGAUGAUUCAAAAGAUGCUGAUUCCUUAUCAGAUGAAGCUACCCACAAUAGCAAUCAAAAUAACAGCAACUGUUCCUCUCCUUCUCGAAUGUCAGAUUCUGUUUCCUUAAAUACCGAUAGUAGCCAAGAUAUUUCUCUCUGUUCUCCAGACAAAGAAAUACAUGCUGCUGUUUUAUCCAAGAUCAGGCAAGAAGAAGAAAAUUUGAAUAAUCUUUUGCAAAAGGGAGAUGGAUUGAGCAUUACAGUAGAAGAAACAAUAAAUGUGCAAGAGAAGCUUACAAAUUUGUCUGAACGUGAAUUAAGCAUUGAAGAAAGAUUAGGCCUGAUAAGAAAAGGUGUUGAUAUAAGCACUCCUACGGAGGAGUCUCACAAAUCAGACCAAAUAAACAUGAAUAUCAGUAAACUGGUUAGUGAAGAGGCAGUGUCAGUUCCUGUAGAAAGGUUACAAACACAGGAAAUAGUUUCAGUAAAGGGCUUUUUGAAUAACAAUAUGAAAAAAGAGAGUGAGUACUUGGAAAACGGGAAUAAAUAUCCUAUAAAUAAAGUAAAUGGACAUCCUGAGGAAGCAGUACAGUCUCCCAGUAAAGACGAACUAACAAGAAGCACUACAGUUGAUGGUGAUUCUUCUGCUGAGCUGUCUGUUUCAAGGAGCACUGAAGAUUUGUCCCCACGAAGAAGUGGUCCUAUGAUGAAAUCUCACAGCAUCAUCAGUAUGGACAUUGGUCUGAAAAUCUAUGAUAUUGUCAAUGAGAAUAGAUCUCAACAGACAAACUCAGUGGUAAAAUCAGCAUCUGGUAGUGCAGAUGGAGAAAACAUAGUCCGAAGUAAAUCUGCUACUCUUCUGUAUGAUCAGCCUCUGCAGGUUUUUCCUGGGCCAUCAUUGUCAUCUGAUUUAGUAUCUUCUACAAAAACUGUGUUCAAGUUUGACUCAAAUCACAAUCCUGAAGGUGCUAAUGUAGUGAGAGAAUCAGUGACAAGUGGUGCACAGAUGUUCUGCACUCCCCAGUAUAAUAUUCAGUACAGCAGCACUGCAACAAUGAAAGACACCUUGUGGCCCCAGAAACAAAACAUCCAAGUAGAACAAGGCAGCUUACCUCCCUCACGUCUGCUUAGGUCUGAUAGCACAGAAAUCCCCAGCUACGUAAAACAUUCUGCCAAUAUGAAUUUAUGCAAUCAUAACAAUGUCCGAGCCAGCACUGUGUAUAAUGCUCAACAACAGAUGACUGGGAGACACAUAGAUGUGUGGGCUAUUCCACCAAAUGAUAGACCACUCCCUGGAGCAACCAGACACACUCUUCAAAGGCAGAGCAGUGUAUCCUCUACAGCUUCUGUAAAUGUUGGAGAUAUUGGACCUUCAAGGCAGGCCCAGGUUCCUGAAGGGGACUGUUUAACAUACAGAGACUUACAUUCAGUGGGAAGAGCUCCAUCAAUAAUGUCUGGGCAAGAGAGACCUCUUUCUGCCAGGACAUAUAGUAUUGAUGAUCCAAAUGUACCCCGACCACAGAGUGCUCGGUCAUCGGUGAACGAAAUACCAGAACGAACUAUGUCAGUUAGUGACUUUAAUUACUCAUGGACUAGCCCUUCAAAGAGAUCAAACCCAAGGGUUAAUUCCGACCACUCUUUAUUAGACCCUUCAGGAAAAAGUAAAGUCCCUCAUGACUGGAGGGAACAGGUGCUGCGACAUAUUGAGGCUAAAAAGCUAGAAAAGGUAAAAAUACUAAUUUUUAAACUUUUCUACCUUUCUGUUAUCUGGAUAUGGAAUAAGUUAAAUAAUCUGUGUUUUGAACUGCUUUUAAUUACCAGUGAAAAUGUACUUCUGAUACUGCCUUAA